AUGUACUCAAUCAGAAGCAUGCCCACUGUGGGUCACCGGGAGCAUCGAACAGAAGAUGGAGUGGAAGAUAUGACACAGCUAGAGGAUAUGCAUGAAGAGGCUGUUCUGCUGAACCUGAGGCAAAGAUCGGAGCGGAAGCUUAUUUAUACAUACAUAGGAAGUAUCCUGGUGUCUGUAAACCCCUAUAAAAUGUACAACAUUUAUGGGACGGACAUGGUGCUGCUGUACAAGGGCUGUGCUCUGGGAGAGAACCCUCCGCAUUUGUUUGCCAUAGCAAAUGCUGCUUAUUCCAAAAUGAUGGAUGCCAAACACAACCAGGUCAUAAUCAUCAGUGGGGAGAGCGGAUCUGGGAAAACAGAGGCCACCAAACUAGUACUUCGUUACCUAACCGCAAUACAUCACAAAAGCAAUCUUGCUCAACAGAUUGAGAUACUCGAGGCAGCUCCUCUGCUGGAAUCUUUUGGAAAUGCCAAAACUGUACGGAACGAUAAUUCCAGUCGCUUCGGGAAAUACAUAGAGGUCUUUCUGGAGGAUGGUGUAAUCAGUGGUGCCAUAACCUCUCAGUAUCUACUGGAAAAGUCCCGUAUCGUCUUCCAGGCCAAAGAUGAGAGAAACUAUCACAUCUUUUACGAGAUGCUGGCAGGUCUUCCCUCGCAGCAGAAGCAGGCUUUCUAUUUACAAGGGGCUGAGACCUAUUAUUACCUCAACCAGGGAGGAGAUUGUGGGAUAACAGGAAAGAAUGAUGCAGAGGACUUCCUGCGGCUGCGUGCUGCCAUGGAGAUCCUCCGCUUCACCCCUGAAGACCAGUCGGCCAUCUAUAGAGUUCUUUCUUCCAUACUGCACCUGGGCAAUGUCUACUUUCAGAGACAUGAGGCUGAUGGCCAGGAGGUGGCGUCAGUGGUGAGCGCUCAGGAGAUCAGAGUGGUGGCAGAGCUGCUGCAGAUCUCUCCAGAGGGACUACAGAAAUCCAUCACCUUUAAAGUCACGGAGACAAUGAGGGACAAGAUCUACACACCACUGACUGUGGAAAGUGCUGUUGAUGCCAGAGAUGCUGUUGCCAAGAUCCUGUACUCGCUGCUCUUCCACUGGUUAACAGAGAAGAUCAACACUCAGGUGUACCCCAGCCAACACACCCUCUCCAUAUCCAUCCUAGACAUUUACGGAUUUGAGGAUCUGGCCUUCAACAGCUUUGAGCAGCUUUGCAUUAAUUAUGCAAAUGAGUACCUGCAGUUCUUCUUCAACAGGAUCGUAUUCAGGGAAGAACAGGAGGAGUACAGCCGGGAACAGAUCCCCUGGCAGGACAUCCCGUUCAGUGACAACCAGCCCUGCAUUGAUCUCAUUGCUGCUAAGCCUCAUGGGAUACUACGGAUUCUGGAUGAUCAGAGCUUUUUCCCACAGGCGACAGACCACACUUUUCUCCAAAAGUGUCACUAUCACCAUGGCAACAACCCACUCUAUCAGAAGCCAAAGAUGCCCGUCCCAGAGUUCGCCAUCAAGCACUUUGCCGGCCGGGUUACCUACCAGGUUUACAAGUUCCUUGAUAAGAACCAUGACCAGGUCCGUCAGGAUGUCCUGGACCUGUUCAUUCAGAGCAAAAACAAGAUGGUGUCAAACCUCUUCCUGGUUCACGCAGAGGUCACGGGUCAGCAGAGAGGAGGUCACAUGAGGAAGAGCAGCACAGUCACCAGAAGAUACCAAAUGUCCACCGUCAGCAACAAGUUCCAACAGUCCCUGCUAGAGCUAGUAGAGAAGAUGGAGAGGUGCAACCCUUUUUUUGUUCGCUGCAUUAAGCCAAAUAAUAUGAAGAAACCGGGUGUGUUUGAGGACGAGUUAGUCAGCAGCCAGCUGAGACACUCAGGCAUCUACGAGACCAUUAGGAUCCGUAGAGAGGGGUAUCCUGUCAGAAUGCCAUUCGACAUCUUCCUGUUCAGGUAUAAGUCUCUGGUGGGGAUACGAGAGCCUCCAGCAGCAAAUGGCGAGAACUGUGUUUUUAUGCUCAGUAAACUGUGUCCUCUCAGACCAGGAGCUUUCCAUAUUGGAGUCACAAAGAUGUUUCUGAAGGAGGACAUCUACCAGUUGUUGGAGUGUAAACGGGAGCGCACCCGUCAACUUGCCGCUCUCACUCUGCAGCGUUACACCCGCAUGUUCUUUGUCAGGAAACGCUUUGUGGAGUUUCGCAAGAAGUUCGUUGGGCUGCAGGCACAGUGCCGAGGCUUCCUCACAAGGAAGCGCUAUGUGAAGAUGAGGGAGAGUCUGGUUCGGUUCCGCUCCCUCGUCCACAUGUAUGUCAACCGCAAGCGAUACAUUAAGGAGCUGGCCAAGAGGGAAGUGGUGAACGUCACACACUUAGUGAUCCCUGCAGAGCUGGGCGCGUUACUGCAGACAGCAGGAGGUCUGGAGUUACACUCAGACUGUUUGGCUCUGCUUCAAGCUCCUCAUAUCCAGGAACAGGCUCAGCUCACUCUGCCUCUGGACAUCAACAACUACCCAUUCUACCGCUACGUACAGAUCUACUUUAGGGAACCAAAGUUUGGGAUGUUGAUGGCACCUCUGGAGUCACCUCUGACCCGUUUAGAGGAGGACCUGAAAGGAGAAGCUCUGCAGCUCUUCAACAUGGUGCUACGGUUCAUGGGGGACCCUCACCUGAACGGAGCGCAGGAGAACAUGUUUGGGAAUUACAUCAUCCAAAGAGGGCUGUCAUCUCCAGGGUUACGGGAUGAGAUCCUGGCUCAGGUCGUCAAUCAGGUGUGGAGGAACAUGAACGUUGAGAAUGCAGAAAGAGGCUGGCUGCUGCUGCUGGCGUGUGUCUGCAGCUUCGCCCCAUCACCCAAGAUGGACAAAUAUCUACUGAAGUUUGUAUCAGACAAGAGCCCUGCUGGUUGCCAGGCAUUGCUGCAACACAGACUCAUCCAAGGCAAUCAGAAGACGCAGCUCGGCUCAGGCUCCUCCCCUGAGACAGCACGGACCUAUCCGCUGUCACUGCUGGAGUGGACAGCCAACAGGAAAAAGGCGAACAUGGUGUUACACGUGCACUGUUUUGAUGGAGGAGCAUUCCUGUGUCCGGUCCAUUCCUGGACCAGUGGAGAGGAUUUGGCAGGGGACAUACUGCGGCACAGGGGAGUGUCUGACUGGUGGAGAGGGAGUUCAGUUCUGAUGAAGGAGCAUGGCCAGUGGGUGGAGUUAGCGGGUCACGACUAUGUGAUGGACCUCAUUGCGGACUUGGAGCUUCCGACUGACUUCCCAAAGCAGAAGAGCUACUUCAUCAUCAGCAGUGAUGACCCUGCUAAAGUCCGAGCUAAUGCCAGCCUUGCCUUGUUUGGCAGUGGCUUUGACUCAGAUGAGGAACUCUCUCCUGCCUUUCCUCUCAGCAGCAGUGGCAGACCAGCGCACAGUCUGCCUGACUCUGAUGGUUACUACAGCCAUGUAGAGUCGGAUGUGUUCAGUGACGGUCAGACUCAGAGAGGAAUGGACCGCUACCUCGACAGUCUGUUUGACCCUGUGCUUUCGGACAGCAGCGUAGACAUGGAGAAGUCUGGAAGUUUGACAGCAAGGAUGAAGGGAGGAGGAGGUAUAGGCAUCACAGGAGGAGGAAGAGGAGAGGGGGAUAGUCAUGCGGCUCCUAGUCGACCUUUUCCACAUGGAAUACAUCCUGGAGGAUCGGAGCAGACAGUACUGACUCAACAGCAACAGGCCAUCAUCAACCAGCAAGCUAUCAUUCUGGCCCAGCAGAUGACCAUGCAGGCCAUUGCAAUCCAGCAGCAGAUGUUGUCUUCCUUCCCCCCUGCUGCCCCAGCCCCCCAGUCACCACCCUCACAGCCUUAUCAUGCACCCAGCCCUCCCAGAGAAAGAGAAGAGUCGCCGUACAAGUCCGCUGCUGUUCAGCGGAAAACAAGUCCAACACGUGCCCCCCCUCCUGAGGACGUGGUACGAUCUAGUCCUAGUAACGCAGAGCGCAUUGACCCCAGCCACGACAUCAAAGACAUCAUCAAACAGCAUCAGCCUGCCGGCGCAACGACUUCUUCUGGAGCUGCCACACAAAAGAAAGGUGAUGGGAAGACGUUUGCAAAGAAGCCAGACCCACAUGAUGAAGCUAUGGAGAUCUUAAAAGAUCAGAUGGCAAACCCACCACAACCGACUCCGAAGAAGCCUCCAUCAUCCAAACCUAAAGAAGAAGGAGGACUUAAGGUUUCCAAGACAACCAAGUCUCGCCCUGCAGGGUCAACAAGCUCCAACAUAAGCCCCGCCCCUCCGCAAGUCUCUAGAGAGUUGCCAGUCGAGGAAGAGAUCAUUCAGACUCAACUCCACAGCAGGACCAGUGAUGAAUAUUACACUUACUCCAACGUACCCUGGAAACUCUACAUGAGGAAAGAGGUUUUCUAUCCUAAAGAGACCUUUAACAAUCCACUAAUUCUGGAUCUGCUCUUCAGACAGGUUGUACAUGAUACCUUCUCUGAGGCCUGCAUCCGUAUCACCCAAGAGGAGAGACAGAAGAUGAAAGCUUUAUUUUCUGCGAACAACGUGGAUCAGGUUACAGGAACGCAUGAUGAAAAUGUGAAGAAGAAAGUGGUCGCCAUGGCCAGAGAUUCGUGGGACAUUUACUUCUCCCGCCUCUUCCCAGCAUCUGGCAGUGUGGGGACAGGAGUGCAGGUGCUGUCUGUGUCUCAUAAAGGCAUCAAGUUGCUGAAGAUGGUGAGGAGCAGCUCUACUGCACCGGACUACUUCAGAGUGCUGAGGCCUUACAGCUACUCGGACAUCCUGUUUGUGUCAAUUCCUUCUAAGAACAUGCUAGAGUUCAACCUAACCAACGAGAAGCUGAUCCUGUUUUCUGCCAAGGCCCCGCAGGUCAAACACAUGAUCGACUACUUCCUCACGGAGCUCAAGAAGGACUCGGAGUACGUGGUGGCGGUGAGGAACUACAUUACUGAUGACAGGUCUCUGCUCAACUUCCACAAAGGAGACAUCAUCAGACUGCAGCACAUGGACGGGCUGGAGGCCGGCAAACGUUACGGCUGCAUAGUGAGGAAGAAGGUCAUGCUUCUGGAGGAGCUAAAGAGAGACACUCCUGAGUUUGGCUGGCGGUUUGGGGCUGUGUACGGAAGAUCAGGAGUGUUUCCCAGUGAGCAUGUCCAUCCUGUGGCUGCUCCGGACUUCCUGGUUCUCCCUGCUGAGCGUCUGGAGCCUCGAGACAGACAGGGAAGGGUCGCAGCAUCUGCCGCUAUUGCCGUGGCGAUGGGAUCAUCUGUGGCUGCCCAUGAGCUCGACCUCUCUACAGAGGUAGUAAAUGAGAUGUAUGGCGACAGUGUGAGUGUGCAGCAGGAUGAUGUUUCUCUGCAAAGCGGUCAGUACCACAUGGCUGAGUUUGCCAAGAAGUACUUCAGAGAGGCACAGAAGAACAAAAGUGAUCAGAAAGUCAAAAAGGGGAAGGAGGGCAGGGACCCUGUUGACAUGGUCAAAUUCUCUAAGUCUCCGAUCCAGGAGUCUCUGAUCGACUUCUCCGACAGUGGAAUGAACAGAGUGGCUGCUGACAUCUUCAUAGCCAUAAUGAAGUUCAUGGGUGACUUCCCACUGAAGGGUCAGACUGAGCAAGACCUGGUCACCACUAUACUGAAGUUAAGUGCGGACCAUGGCCUGAUAAAGGAUGAAGCCUACUGCCAGGUGAUGAAGCAAGUUACUGCCAACACCAGCUCCAAACCGGACAGUUGUCAGAGAGGAUGGAGGCUGUUGUACAUCCUGACAGCUUACCAUCGCUGCUCUGAUGUUAUGAAGCCAUUUGUGUUGAAGUUUCUGCAGGACGCCUGUGCCACCCCUGGGAUGCAGUAUCAAGGUAUUGCCAAUGCAUGUGAGCAGAAUCUGAGGAGGACUUUUCAAUAUGGCGGGCGCAUACAGUAUCCCAACAGCAUGGAACUCAAAGCUAUGCUGGCUGGGCGGAGCUCCAAGAGACAGCUGUUCCUGCUGCCAGGUGGAAUUGAGAGGCACUUGAAAAUUAAGACGUGCUCUGUUGCUUCGGACGUCAUCGAGGAGCUUUGCUAUGAGAUGGGACUGCACAGGCUGGAGGCUUUGGACGAAUAUGCUGUCUUUUUGGUCACACACAAAGGUCAGAAUGUGCGUCCCCUGAACAAGCGUGAGUACAUCCUUGAUAUCGCGACUGAGGCAGAGCCGGUGGAUACCAACUACAGUCUGUGGUUCAGGAGAGUCAUAUGGAGUCUGGCUCUGAAACUUGACAAUGAACUCUACGUCACCAUGCACUAUAAUCAGGUGUUGCCAGACUACCUGAAGGCCUUGCUGACCGUGGUUCCUCAGGGUAAAGCCAGUGAUCAGCAUCUGCAGCAGAUUGCCAGACUGGCUGCCCUACAGCACCGUGCCAAGGACACCAUCUACCUGCCCACCCUCCGUGAAGUGCAGGAGUCUGUCCCGUCACCGUUCUAUGGUAAACAGGGCUCACAGCCAUGGCUGAACAUGACAACUCAACACAUGCAGCAGGUGCAGCCCUUAAACCCACAUCAGGCCCGUGCACAGUUCCUUGGUCUGGUCAGCGCCUUCCCCAUGUUCGGUUCCUCCUUCUUCUACAUCCAGAGCUGUAGCUCCGCCUCCAUCCAAGCCCCCUGCAUCCUGGCUGUGAAUCUGAAUGGACUGCACUUUCUUAACAAGGAUACUCAUGAGGCCAUGAUGCGUUUCCCUCUGAAGGAGGUCCAAUCAACUCGCACCCAGAGACCAACUUCAGGCUCUAGUUAUCCAUAUGUGGAGAUCAUGAUAGGAGACCUGCUCAACCAGCGCAUCACACAGCUACAGCUGGAGCAGGGUCUGGAGCUGUGCCGAGUUAUUGCCAUGCACAUGGAGAACAUGUUGUCCGUCAGAGAAAAGAGACUCACUUUGCCACCAAGCGAAAUCACUCUGCUUUAGCACAAACACGCACAUGCACACACGGAGAAAACACACUGUAUGCCUCAUAAAAGUACUGCAUCUACCUCUAUUUUACACAUUUUACAAUAUUUUCAUAUGUAAACGUCAUGUUUAUGCAACGUCGAUAAAAUAUCAGAGAAUACAUCAAAAUCACUACUUCCAACAGCCAAAGUUAUGUUGAAAUGGCUUAUUUUGUCCAAAACCCAAAUAUAAUCAGUCUACCAUCACAGAAGAAUAAGAAAACCAGCAAAUAUUCACAUUUGAGAUCUGGAAUAGGGCAUUUCUGCUUAAAAAAGAUUAUUAAAGGCUUAAUCACAUACACACAAUAUGUCAGCACAGACCUGCACACAUUUACGCCUGAGCUUAAUGCAUACAUGUGUCUAUGAUGCAAUGUAAGAAGUAGAAAUUGAAAGUCCUUUUACUACCAAACUCAAUAAUGUUUUUAGUUUUAUCUUUUAAGCCAAAACUGUUUAAGAUCUUGUCUUGCCAUGGCUGCUUUUGAGGGCUGAGAAUAUAAUGGAUAAAGCCUUUAAUUGACUUUAACUUCCCCACUUCAGAAGAAUUGUGUGAUUUGAUUAGCCUUGAUCCUACAGCGACAUUGAAUUAAAAUGUGGUCUUGCACUGAGGGUAAGAAUCCCUGCUGCAGUUGGGCUCCGUACAAAGAAACUGAAAUGUGUGAAAAACUCAAACGGAAAAGUAAAACCUUAUCUUCCCUUUAACAUUAACAGAUGCUUGUGGUUUAGCACGAUAAAUAUGUUUUUUAUUAGAGGCUUGGACCUACAUGCAAGAGCAGCGAACCCAUAUAAUUCAUUUUUAAUUUCUAAGUUUCAUUACAUUAAAAAUGGAAACAAAGAGAAAGCAGCCACAGGAACAAGCCACAAUUUAAUUUAAUAUUCUUAUUUUCUUCCCUGUCAUGAAAUCAAGGAAAAAUAUAUGGAAGCACAUUUUUGGCACACAGUUAUCGGCCACAUCAUUGAACACUUUGCACUAAUUAAAAAUGAUGAUUUAUACAAUAUAAUGUAUAUAUGUUUUGUAAAUAUAUGUUGUACAUAUCUAAAUACAUGUGAAUAAUGUUGUACAUUA